UCGUGACCGCCGGACCGCUGAUCAGCUGACAGUUUUGUUUACUGUAACAAUUAUUAGGCAUAUCCUAGGCCUAGAAGGUUCAUUCUUCAACUUUUUGUGUUGGCGCAUGUAGUGUUUGCAAAGCAAGUGUUUUGAUACGAAACAUGCAGGUUAUAUAAAUCGUUAUCAAUACAGUUGAACUGCGAAAUAGCGGUAGUAAAUUCUAGGCUAGAUAGAGGCCUAGGCCUCUACAAUUCAACGCUAAGGCAGACACAUCGUUCUUCAAGCCGUUGUCACUGCCAAUAUGUCAGCGAAUAACGUCAUCUUAAGUGAGGCUGAUGAUGUAGAUGAAAAGUCGCCUCUUUUACGGUACCAUCUCUUGGGCAAGAGCAUGAGUGUAGACGCUGGUCGGUCAAAUGAUCGGAAACUAUCAACAUUCUUUGGUGUCUUUUUGCCCUGCGUGCUAUCUAUGUUCAGUGUUAUUUUAUUUCUUCGAAUUGGUUUUUCUGUGGGUCAAGCUGGACUAGUUGGUACCUUGAUCAUUUUUCUCAUUGGUUAUUUCAUCGUCUUCCUUACCGUCUUGUCAAUCUGCGCUAUCUCAACCAAUGGGGCCAUUGAAGGAGGUGGAGCUUACUUCAUGAUUAGCAGAGCCUUGGGACCAGAGUUUGGCGGUAGCAUUGGAGUGCUCUUUUUCGCAGCUAAUGUAUUUUCCUGUGCUUUGUACUGCAUUGGGCUAACAGAAGCUAUCAUUGAUAAUUUUGGUCCAAAUGGCUCUUUGGUGUAUGGUGGCAUGCCAAGUACAAGAUGGUGGAACUUCCUUUAUGCAACCAUAAUUCUCUUUUUCUGCCUCAUAGUCUGUCUAAUAGGUGCCACAAUGUUUGCCCGCACAUCAUUUUUUAUAUUUCUUAUUGUGAUGGUGGCGCUUGGAUCAGUGAUAAUAAGCUUCUUUGUUACCAAUCCAAAAAAUAUACCAUUAACUGAUAGAGGCAACGAUUCCGCAAGAUAUACCGGUUUUUCUUCGGAAACAUUUGAUGAGAAUCUUCAUGCAAAUUAUACCAUAGAUUACACUACAGGCAAGCAGUUAUCUUUUGCAGCCGUGUUUGCAGUUAUCUUCAACGGUUGCACAGGAAUCAUGGCUGGUGCUAACAUGUCAGGUGACUUGAAGCAACCUAGCCGGUCAAUUCCCGUUGGAACCAUAGUGGCCUGCGCCUUCACAUUCCUUACAUACGUGCUGUUGUCCUUCCUUGUGAGUGCCACUUGCUCAAGAGAGCUCCUUCAAAAUUACUUUGGAUUUCUACAGGACAUUAAUGUCAUCCCCCCACUUGAAGCCGCAGGUGCUCUAGUUUUGGCCCUCUCGGCCUCCAUGAAUAAUUUAAUUGGUGCCUCCAGAAUUCUGCAGGCAAUUGCAAAAGAUGACCUCAUUGGUAUCAUCCUGCGACCUGUUCAGCUUGGUGUUUCUGCUAAUGAUAAUCCGUAUGUUGCUGUCCUUGUCUCAUGGAUACUGGUACAGUGUGUCCUGUUAAUGGGUGAGUUGAAUGCCAUUGCACCAAUCGUCUCUGUUCUUUUCAUGCUUGUCUAUGCUUGCACCAAUCUUGCCUGCAUGGCCCUGGACAUUGCUUCAGCUCCUAACUUCAGGCCGACGUUUAAGUAUUUUUCAUGGCACACAGCACUACUGGGCUUCGUAGGUACUGUUAUUAUGAUGUUCUUCAUCAACUAUGUGUGGGCCCUUACAAGCAUUUGUGUCUUUGCUGUUCUUUUUCUCUACAUACAUUUUCGAGUAUCUGGAUCUAGCUGGGGCUACAUCAGCCAAGCUCUCAUUUUCCAUCAGGUAAGGAAAUACCUUCUUCGUCUUGACAUCCGCAAGGAACAUGUGAAAUACUGGCGUCCGCAGAUGCUGCUACUUGUUUCAAACCCUCGUUCGAGUUGUAAAAUGAUACGAUUUGUAAAUGACAUGAAGAAAAGCGGCUUGUACGUAAUUGGGCAUGUCAAACUAGGUAUGAUGGAUGAAUUUCCUGAAGACCCUGUGACCAGAGAGGAAAGACAGUGGCUUGCAUUGAUCGAUUGUCUUCAUGUUAAGGCCUUUGUUGAGUUAACGCUUGCGGAAACCAUCCGUGAAGGGGCCCAACAUUUGAUGAGGAUUGCUGGACUUGGAGGAAUGAAAGUUAACACUAUUGUACUUGGUUUCUAUGAUGAUGAUGUGCAGGAGGAUCAUCUUACUGAUGGCAAAUUUGUUCAAAAACUUCACCUCGCAGAUAGUGAAGAGAACCCUCAGCGUUUCGGCUAUCCAUUGCGCAGAGAAGACGAUGAGAAAUUGUUAUCUGCCAGAGAAUAUGUAAUGAUAAUUAGUGAUGCUAUACGCUUGCGAAAAAGUAUAUGUGUGGUCCGUCAUAUUAACAAUUUUAAUCGAGAUGAGCUUGCUCAUCUUACUGAGAAGAAAACAAUCGAUGUUUGGCCGAUUAACUUUUUUAAACCAGAAACUGCUGGCUAUUUGGAUACCGCAUGUAUUUUCCUUCUUCAACUCUCCUGCGUGCUUCACAUGGUCCCUGUGUGGAAUAAGCACACUGAAUUACGUGUGUUUUUAUGCGUGGACAAUAAAAAUGUUGAAGCUCAAACAAAGAUGGAAAAAAAGUUAAAAUCAUUUUUAGUUGAUUUACGAAUCAAAGCAAAAAUUCACACGAUAAGUUGGGAUCAUGUGGUAAGUUUAAACACAUACUCCGAGACUGAGUCAGAUGAUGGGCUACCUGUGACGCAUGUGACAGACAUCUCAACUGAAUAUCUCAAUGGUAUCAAUGGACUGAUAAAAGCAGAAGCUGAGAAUACAGUUUUGACGUUCUGUUAUUUGCCACUACCCCCAGCCAAUGCUACUCAACAUAUGCAGUACCUCCACCUUUUGAAUAUUCUCACAAAUGGACUUCCACCCACUGUUUUAGUUCAUGGUAUAAGUGAGGUUACAUCAAAGGAUUUGUAAUGACACUGAGAAGACCAGCCAUAGAUUCUUGUGCUAGACAAAAGCUACACAUGCUUUUAAAUGAAAAAAAAAAGAUUACUAUAUGAUAUAUGGUAGAUAAGCCUAUUUGGAUCAUGCCACAAAAAUAUACAGUAUCAAUAUAAUAUUAAAAUGAGCAAUAUAUGUAAUCUGUGUACCCGCUGCUACUGGGGAAUCGGAUUCAACACUAGCCACUAACCACAAGCUCGGUGGUCUAGUUGUUAGACACAAGGCUAGCUAUCUGCAGGCUGUGGGUUCGAUUCCCCUCCCGAAUCACUUGCGAGUUCUUUCGCAAGUAUUUUGGGAACGUACUGAGAAUUCAGUAGGACAACACGUUGGGUAGGGCAAAGUAUCAUUCCUAUGUACAGUAAUUUGAUUUUCUUUUUUGCAAAACAUUCUUUACACAAAUUAUUUUGUUAUUAUAUAUACUGUAUUAAAUAAUUUUAUCAAAAUUUUAUUUUAUAUUAAUAUCUGGCAUGAUAAAUUUUAAAAAUCAUGUAGAAGUUUGAUUAAUCAUUUAAAAGUUUAAUGCAAAUAGUAAAUGAAAUCUUAGCACUUUUUAGAAAUACUCUUUUUUUUUGGGUGUGGGGGGUAGGUGGGGGUGAAGGAGAACUGGGCAAAACCUGAUGCUACACAUUUUGUUAAUAAUAACAAAAACUGGGGGAAAGGAUGUUCCCCCAGUUGUUCUAAAAUGUAUCGUAUUCUUUCACAAUUUUCCCCCUUUCAAUGCCUUAUAAUAUUUAUUUGUGUGACUUUCGCAUCUUAUUGUAUUUUGCUGUAUGCAUACUAAGAAUUUGACUUAAAUCUGACAGUGAACAAUAACGACACUAAUAUUACAUUUUAUUUGUCAAUAUUUUUUAUUCUUUUUCUACACUAGUUAUAAUUUCAAUUGCAAAUUAGCUCCAAUAAUCUUUAGCAAAUAACAGAAGUAAAGUUUUAAAGGAAUAUAGUCAAACCAAUGGUAAGAGGUGUUUAAUUCUUGGCGACAUGCUUACAAUGACAUUGAUUAUGAAAGUUAGUUUUAGUAUCAUUUAGUAGAUUUCAUAAUAGAAUCUGUGAUUUUGUCAAUUUUACAAUUGUGCAUUAUGCUGUAUUUUAAUUAAGUGAUUGUCUUACUCGGCCUAGUUUUAUAUUCAUUGAAGCAGAGGUAAAAUUUGAAAUAAAUUUUUUCUAGAUUUUUGCCUUUGCUUGUGCGACAUUUUUAUGCUGAAUAAAGAUUUAUUAUUAUUAUUACUACUACAA